ACGGUGCAGUCGUAAAUUCCUUUUUUGCCAUCUGCAGUUAUUUUAAGCUUUAAUGAUUCUCAUCUAGUAUUCACCUGAUUGCUGUUCAUGUUAUUCACAGAGUUUAGCAAGGUAUGGCAGACAAAAGCUAGCGGUUGAAAUCCUCGCUGAAUUACUUCUAAUUGCGAUACGGUGCAAGCGAUGAAGCUGAAAGAUCGGCUCCUUCACACACAUUUGUGUAUGUUUUUGAGCAUUUUUAAAGGACGAUAACAUACAGAAUCGAACAGAUCACUGCCGUUUUCGUUGUGGAUUUGGCUUGAGACAGGUUCGGGGUAUCCCAGUACUGUACUGUAAUAAGUAGGUUACGCGAUGAUGCGCUGGCAUUGGACUUGAGAAGAAUCGAACACAGUGAACGCGCAACUCAUUUUUACGCUUUUUGACCAAUCCUCUCACGUGGGCUUUUUUGGUCGCAUCAGUGGUUCUUAGAAGGGGUUAACGAUUUUAGCUUUUCAGGUAGACCGACGUUUAGACGGUGUAACGCUGACAUAUUCAUUGCUGCUUUUUAUUACGUGUCAGUGUGAAGUGUACUCGCCCACUAAGAAAAAACUGAGAGAGAAGGGAAAAGGAAAGCGACUAAUAUCGCAUGUGUCCAACGGUGAAGAGGCUCUGUUUGGACGUUUCAUCUGCCGAUCGUUUUUCCCAGUUUUUCAUAAUGAACAGAGCAAUGGCAACCUGCUGGAUGGUUAUCCUCCUUGCAGCCUUCCUGAGUGAAACGGUCCUCUCAAAAGGUGGAAGAGGAGGAGCUAGAGGUGCGGCACGUGGAGCAGCUCGUGGUGCUCGAGCACGUGUAAAAGCUACAAGAUAUAGCUCAUCUGGUUCACCCGUAAGAGUGGCAGCAGCAGCUGCGGCGGGGUCAGCAGCUGGAGUUGCUGCAGGAGGAUGGAUGUCCUCAUCUCAUUUUAAUUCUGAUGACAGCUCUGAGAAUUUUGGGGAUGACAGGCAGUAUAGGAACAGAACUGAUGGAGACUACAGCUAUAUGGCCCACACCUCAUCCUCAGAGCAACACAUCUACUCUUUUAAAUCCAUCUUCUCAGCCCUGCUUUUGAUGAAUAUCUUGACAUAUGUGAGCAUCUAAACAUAGUAUAUAAAAUGGAAGCCUUUAUAGAAAAAGGCAUGUUAGGUCUAGUCAAUCAUUUAGGAUCUCAUUAAAUAUCUUCUAGUGACUGAAAAAUGUUUAUACACCUUUUACAAUUUUAUAUAAAGCAAGAAACAAGUUCUCAUCUCUAUAGUCCCAAUAUAAUUCCUACUUUUUCAUACCUAAAUGUCUAUUACCUCUUGAAGGAAACCUAAACUGCAUCAUAUAAUAAAAACCUAGCAGAGUCAUGGGAAAGGCUGAAGAUUUUUUUUUUGAGUAAAUAUUUAACCAAUGUAGUGUUUAGUCUUGUGUUUUAUAAAAAUAUCUUUACAUCUUUUACCAAUGAACAAGGCAUUUUAUAGCACAGUACUUAAGUGUUUGGCAAACAAGUUUUCUUUUUCAAAUAAUAAAAAUAUUU